AUGGAGACAAAGUCUAAUGAAGAUUGGAUGGUUACGGUUAGAGAUAAAUGUGGAUUUAAACAUGGAAUUUUUGUUUCUAGUAAUGGUUCUAGUGGUGGUUUGGCUAUGUUGUGGAAAGAAGAGGUGCAGUUGCAUGUUCAAUCUUUUUCAUUAUCACAUAUUGAUGCUUUGGUGGAUGAUGGGAAUGAGGUUAGGAGGCCAAAAUCAUGGGCUAAAUUGAGGCAGUUGAGGCACACUUCAACUUUGUCGUGGUUGGUAAUAGGUGAUUUUAAUGAGAUUAUGGGGAUGUCAGAGAAGGAAGGAGAGAGUACAAGACCAAGGCAGCAAAUGGAAAGCUUUGUUGACACUAUAAAUUGGUGUGGUUUAAGGGAUAUUGGUUUUAUUGGACCUAAGUUUACUUGGUUGUAUGAGAGUAGGGAUGGCCUUCAAAUCCGGGAAAGGUGCAAAUUGCGCCUAGAAGCAUGGAAUAAAGGUGAGUUUGGCCAUGUUGGGAGGAAGAUAGCAGAGUUACAGAAGCACUUAGAAUGGUUGGAGUUACAGCCGGUUUCUCCAAGCAUUAUAGGGGAGAUGAGGAAGACAAGGAUUGAAUUAAAUUGUUGGCAUGAAAAAGAAGAUGCUAUGUGGUACCAACGGUCCAGAAUUAAUUGGUAUCAAUUUGGUGAUAGGAAUACUAGCUAUUUUCAUGCCAAAGCAUCUACAAGGCAAAAGAAGAAUUAUAUGGAGGGCUUAAUGGAUGAUAAUGGGCAGUGGCAUACUGAGGAAGAUAAGAUGGGAGAGUUAGUUAUUAAUUAUUAUACAGAUUUGUUUUCAUCUAGUAACCCAUUGGAAUUUGUUGAAUUAUUACAGGCUGUGCAGCCAAAGGUAACCACAGAGAUGAAUCACAGGUUAACAAUGGAUUUUUCUGGUGAGGAAGUUUGGAUGGCGUUGAAACAGAUGUAUCCUCUCAAGGCUCCAAGUCCUGAUGGGAUGCCUCCUUAUUCUAUCAGCAUUUCUAGCAGAACAUAG